AUGGCCUCGACGAGGGAUCUCGCCAUAGCGUCCAUCUCGGCCGCCGCAGGCGCCGUAGCUGCCGCGGCCGCGCUCCUGUACUCCUACUCGGCAACCAAUUCCAAGCCCCAGAGCCCGCCCCCGCCCCCGCCGUGCACCGAGCCACUCCCCGUCAACGGCUGCGCCGCCAGGCAUCCGCCAGCGCAGGACCCCUUCAAAACCACCAAGAGGGAAGGGUUCAUCUCAUGGGACGACUACUUCAUGGCGAUUGCGUUCCUUUCAGCCGAGCGUUCAAAGGAUCCUAAUCGGCAGGUUGGCGCUUGCUUGGUUAGCCAAGAGGGCAUUAUCCUAGGUAUUGGCUACAAUGGAUUCCCAAGAGGCUGUUCGGAUGAUAAGCUUCCUUGGGCAAAGAAAUCUGCAAGAGGGGAUCCAUUGGAGACAAAAUAUCCCUAUGUUGUUCAUGCUGAAGUUAAUGCUAUUUUAAAUACAAACCAUGCUUCAGCGGCUGGACAGAAGUUAUACGUCACCAUGUUCCCCUGUAAUGAGUGUGCUAAGAUUAUCAUCCAGUCAGGUGUAUCUGAAGUCAUCUAUUUUGUAGAGAAAAGGAUUGACAACUCAGAUCAUGUUUAUGUUGCUUCUCACAACUUAUUAUCAAUGGCUGGUGUGAAGGUCAGGAAGCAUCAGCCACAAAUGGCACAAAUACCAAUCAACUUUCAGGGUCCAAGGGUCUAA